AUGGAGUCCUCCGCCCGUGAGCAGUCGCCCGACGAGCGAGCUGCAAAGCGCGUCAAGAUCGACGCUUUGCCGCCUCUCGAGAGUGAGACGCCGAGCGGUCAGAAUGGGAGUCGCGCCAAUGGGGGAGAGCAGGCUGCCGAGAAGCCCCAGGGUGGAGAUGUCGCCAUGGCUGAUGCCCCCAAGGGCGAAUCGGGUCAUGACGGCUCCGUCCCCGAGGCACCAUUGAAGCCCUCUGAGAAGCGCAAGCUGUACUUUGGACGCGAUACGCCCGCCCUGGCGCCCCUCACCACGCAGGGCAACCUCCCGUUCCGGCGUCUCGCCGUGGAGCUCGGCGCUGAGCUGACCUACUCUGAGAUGGCCAUGGGCCUGCCCCUCAUUCAGGGCACCAAGGCUGACUGGACGCUCCUCAAGGCCCACGAGUCUGAGCUCGUCCCGCCCAAAGCUGGCGGUCCCAUUGUCCAGGGCUACGAUAACGCCAAGGAUAUCAAGUUCGGCGCUCAAAUCUCCGCCAACCAGCCCUGGGUUGCUGUGAAGGCUGCCGAGUGCCUCAAGCGUUUCGUCCCUCACCUGCGUGUCAUUGACCUCAACUGCGGCUGCCCAAUCGACAUGCUAUUCAAGGCCGGUGGUGGCUCUGCCCUCCUGGAGGCUCACGGCAAGCUCGAGCGCAUGGUUCGCGGCAUGAACACCGUUUCGGGCGAAAUUCCCGUCACCGUCAAAAUUCGCACUGGUGUCCGCAACAACCGCCCUACUGCCACGUCCAUCAUCAACAAGCUCGCAUUUGGCGCUCGCGAGCACCGCGAGCGCCUUGGCGCACCUGGCUGUGCCGCCAUCACCCUCCAUGGCCGCAGCCGCGAGCAGCGCUACACGCGCAGGGCUGACUGGAGCUACGUCGCCGAGUGUGCUGCCCUGAUCAAGAGCUAUAACGAUACAAAGGACGCCGACACUGACACGAUUCGCGAGCCCGAUGCCUCGACUCUGCCCAACUCCAAGGACGGCAAGAUGUACUUCCUCGGCAACGCCUGGCUCUUCGAGGAGAUCGAAAAGGGCCAGUACCUCGACAAGACGGCCACCGAGCGCCUCGGCUACAUCGAAAAGUUUGUACGCUACGGUCUCGAAGCCUGGGGCUCCGACGAGCUCGGCAUCGGCUUCACCAGACGCUUCCUACUCGAGUGGAUGAGCUUCACGCACCGCUACGUCCCGCUCGGCAUAUUGGAGCACCUACCUCCUUCGCUCAACGACCGGCCGCCCGCGUUCCGGGGACGGAAUGAGAUGGAGACCCUGCUUGCGAGCAACAACUAUAAGGAUUGGAUCAAGAUCAGUGAAAUGUACCUUGGCCCUUGCCACCCGGGUUUUACCUUCCAACCGAAGCACAAGUCGAACGCCUACGAGGCCGAGGGUUAG